AUGUCCGAGAAAAGUAGUAGGCACUCACCGUAUCACUUCACUUCAAUAUUGAUAUGCAACGGUUCCAGUAGCACUAAAAAUACCGAAAAUCUAUGCAUUCCCAUUGGAGGUGGCCAUGAUGGAUCGGCCCACCAUAAGUCCAAACAAAUGAAUCGCAUUAAAACCACCAAAUAUAGCCUGCUGACAUUUUUGCCCAUUAAUUUUUAUGAUCAAUUUCGUAGAGCGGUUUAUUUUUAUUUUUUGGUGGUGACCAUUAUAUCGUUUUUCGUAAACAGCACCAUGUCCCCUUUGGUCUCCUUGUUGCCUCUUCUGUUCGUCAUGAUUGUCACCGGCAUCAAGGAGGCGCAUGAGGAUUAUCAGCGCUAUAAAAACGAUAAUCUGGUGAAUUUCUCAAAGGUCACCAUUCUGCGAAAUGGCCUGGAACAGGAAAUUGAGUCGCGUUUUGUGUGUCCCGGUGAUUUGAUUGUGAUACGAGCCGAUUGUGAUGUAGCCUGUGAUGUCGUUUUGCUGCAUAGCACUGAUAAAAGUGGCAAGUGUUUUGUUACGACCACAAAUUUGGAUGGUGAGACUAAUUUGAAAACUUUAAUGGUGCCCAGAGGUUUGCCUCAGAUGUAUGAAACAGCUAUGCCUGAGUUUAGCGAUAUGGGUAUAAUCGAAUGUGAACCUCCACGUACUGAUUUGUAUACCUUUAAUGGCAAGAUUGCGAUGGAACGAUUGUCCCUGACAUUACCCCUGACCAGUGAGAAUCUUUUGCUGCGUGGUUCAAAGGUCAAGAAUACCGAAAAAGUCAUAGGCUGUGCUGUUUAUACCGGCAUGUUUACAAAAUUGCAAUUGAAUAGCCGUUACACAGGCAAUAAAUCGGCUUCCAGCGAGAUCUACAUAAAUAGAUUUUUGAUCUUUCUAGUGGUGCUGAUGGUGGCGGCGUGUGUAAUUCUGUAUAUGAUUGGAAGAUGGGAAGAAGUUAACGUUGUACCUCUAAUGGAUUAUCUGGGACCUCCAAUUCGAGUCAAUGCAAUCUCCAGUAUUAUCGAAGACUUCCUGGCAUUUUUGAUCCUCUUCAACUAUAUGGUACCGAUAUCUAUGUAUAUGAACAUUGAAUUGUAUCGUGUGGUCAAUGCAUUCUUUAUUCAACAAGAUCUGUGCUUGUACGACGAAGAAACAGAUCAAAGGGCUGUAGUGAAUUCUUCAAAUUUAAAUGAAGACUUGGGUCAAGUAAAUAUUCUGUUUUCAGAUAAAACAGGAACUCUGACUAAAAAUGAAAUGAUAUUUCAACAAUGCUCCAUAGAAGGAAGAAAGUAUGUAUAUCGUAAAUACUAUUUGGAAGAAGAGGAGGGAGAAAAGAAAUUAGUUGCGAAAGAUUUUAAUGACCAACAAACCGAAUUCUUCAAAGCUUUGACUUUAUGCCACACCGUACAAGUUGCCCAAGUUGACGAAAAUGUAUUGGAAACCAACUCUACAACCAACAUACAAUAUCAAGCUUCUAGUCCUGAUGAAAAGGCUCUACUUGAUGCCUGCAGGCAAUUGGGUUUUAUAUAUCUGGGAGAUGAAAACGAUAGGUUAAAGAUCCAAAUAGCCACAGAAUCUCCUGAGAAGUUUCAUAUUGUGGAAUUCAAACGUCUUCAUAUUCUAGAAUUCAACUCGGAUAGAAAACGUAUGAGUGUUAUUGUAGCCGAUAUGGAAAAUCGUAAAUGGUUGUUUACCAAAGGUGCAGAAAGUUCAAUUUUUGGAUUGUGUUCGGAGGAUUCCAAGCAAAUGAUUAUGCAAACCGAUCCUCAUAUAACAGAAUUUGCCAAGGAAGGUCUUAGGACCUUAGCAGUGGCCCGUAGGCUAAUACCUGAAGAUGAAUAUGAGGAAUUUUGUAAUGACUUAAGUGCAGCUCAAAUGUCCUUGGACAAGAGAAAGGAAUUACUGGACGAAUGUUACAAGAGAAUCGAAUGUGAUUUACAGCUUUUGGGGGCUACUGCCGUGGAAGAUGCCUUGCAGGAAAAUGUCAGCGAAACUUUGUUGGCUUUGAAAGAAGCUGGCUUGAAGAUAUGGGUCUUGACGGGUGAUAAAGUGGAGACGGCAGUAAACAUAGCCCUGGCCUGUGGCCAUAUAACCGAGGAUUCUCAACAACAUUUCAUUAUCGAUUGUCAAUAUAAAGAUGAACUUAUGCGAUGCUUACAAUCGCUUGAAAACAACAAACAUACAUCCCUUAUAAUGGACGGCAUAAGUUUGGCCACCGCCUUGAGGGAAGUCCCUUUAGAAUUUCGCAAAGCCGCUUUAAAAUGUUCUUCGGUUUUAUGCUGCCGCCUGAAUCCCUUGCAAAAAUCUGAAAUCGUUACUUUGAUUAAAAAACAAAAAGGCUUUCUAACUGCCGCCAUUGGUGAUGGCGCCAAUGAUGUUUCCAUGAUUCAAGAGGCCGAUGUUGGCAUUGGUAUUAUGGGCAAAGAAGGUCUACAGGCUGCUCGCUGUUCUGACUUUUCCAUAGCGAAAUUUUUCAUGCUGCAACGCUUGCUGUUGGUUCAUGGUCACUACAACACCGCCCGUUUGUCAUUUUUGGUGUUGUUCUAUUGCUAUAAGAAUAUUUUGAUAACGGGCAUUAUGGUCCUGUUCCAGUUAUACGAUUUAUAUUCAUCGACAUCCGUCUAUCAUUCGUUGUAUAUGUGGCUAUUUGAUAUUGUGUAUAUAUCGUAUAGUUUCACAUUUUUGGCCAUAAGUGAAAAACCUUUCCCCGAAGAGGUGUUAAUGAGAAACCCAAAACUAUAUCGCAAAAAUAGUCAAAAUCGUCAAGUGCGUUGGAUGGUGUUUUUGCGCUGGAUUCUGAAUGGGGCCUUACAUUCCAUAGUGGUAUUCUAUUUUGCCUAUUUCUUUCUUCUACUCAACAAUGUGAUACUCAAUGAUGGUCAAACAGCGGAAUACUAUAUAUUUGGAUCGAUCCUAAUACAAAUGGUGGUGGUAGUGGGCAAUCUGAAGCUAAUGCUUGAAUCACAUUUCCUCAGCCAUGUUUAUUUGAUUCUUAUAGUGGCUUCUUUUCUGGGUUUUAUGUUGACCACAGUGAUAUACAACUUCAUAGAUUUCCCCCACAAUCCUGGUCUAUAUCAUGCCUACAAUCGUGUCUUUUGCUCUCUGCCUUCUUGGCUUUUUACCAUCGUAACAGCCGUGGCUUGUCUCAUACCCGAUUAUACCAUGAAAGUUGUGCGCAGUUUAUUUGGAAAAUCUUCAAAGUUGACAGCCGAGCACAGCAUUUAG